CACAUCUCAGAGCUUGGAGAAGACAUCAUCUCACAAUCUAUCGCCUCCACCUCCUUUCAAUUCGAUCCUUCAUCCGACCGCAAGAUAUAAGCCUGCGAUCGAUCGCUGCUCUCACGCCCUCGUAUUUCUGCUCGGGACCCCGACAGAACGACAGCAUGUUCGCCUUACGCCGUGUCGCCGUGCGCGCAAUCUCGCAGCAGCCAUCCCGCCAGUUCUCCGCCAUCAAAUCCGUCCCUCGCAUUUCGCCUUUCCAAACCCAAAAGCCAUCGGUCUAUCGGUCAUUCCACCAGUCAUUAAGAUGGGCAGCUGAGGAGGACAAGAAGGAGGCGAGUCCGGCGGAGGCACAGGACCCAAGUGAAACAGUCACAGUUGAGCCGAGCGCGGAAGAGCAAGCAGCAGAGAUCAAAGAGGAGAGCAUCGCCACUCCUGAAGUUGCAGAUGCGGCGGGUUCGUCCACCACCGAAAACAACAGCGCAACCGAGACCGUCAAGGAGUAUGCUUCCGAUGCCGCCGAGACCGUCCAGGAGUAUGCCUCCGAUGCCGCCGAGACUGUCAAGGACGCUGCCGCCAGCGUCGCGCAGACCUUCAGCUCGCCUCCACAAGAGCGCACCGAGCGCGGCGAACGUCCCCAGCGCAGCGACCGUGGCGACCGUGGCGAGCGUACUCCUCGCGCUCCUCGACAAUGGGAGGAUCGAUCGGAGGGCAACCCUCCAAGCAAGAUCCUCUACGUGGGCAACCUUUUCUUCGAGGUGACCGCGCCAAAGCUCGAGGCCGCGUUCGGACGAUUCGGCGAGGUCGUAUCCAGCAAAGUUGUCACAGAUGCUAGGGGUCUGAGCAAGGGUUUCGCAUUCGUCGAGUUUUCGGACCAAGAGGCUGCCAACCGGGCAAAGCAAGAGCUGAACCACACUGAAUUUGAGGGCCGUCGCUUGUCGGUACAGUACCACCUCAAGAAGGACCGUCGUGAGGGCGGUUUCUCUCCUCGUGAGGGCGGAACCAGAAAUAAGCCAAGCAAGACUCUCUUCAUUGGCAACAUGUCUUACCAGAUGAGCGAUCGCGAUUUGAAUGAUCUGUUCAAGGAGGUUCGAAACGUUCUCGAUGUGCGUGUCGCCAUUGAUCGCCGCAGUGGACAGCCCAGAGGUUUCGCACACGCGGACUUUAUCGACAUGGAGAGUGCAAAGAAGGCAAAGGAGUUGUUGGAGCAGAAGUCGGUCUACGGUCGCCAGCUCCGCAUCGACUACAGCAGAGAUUCUGGUGAUAACAAGUCCAACAGCAGCCCGUUCUCUGAUUGAGAUGUGGCUACGGAUGAAGGAUAGGCCAGUUGUGCUGGCGUGGGAGUUACUUGCACAAGCUUAAGAGAUGCUCAGCAAAGCUCAUCGGCAGCUUCGAACCUCGAGGCUUUGCCGGGCUUGGUCUCACUGUGCCGGAGGUCGAGAUUGACAAAGACGUGGGCAUGAAUACAAUGUGCGUACCUGAAGACUGUACAAUACUGUUAACAUAGAGACGGUGUGGUGCAAAGAAGCAGCCGCAGUGACAGACACUGAACAAUACUCUCCAACUCGACGCAAUCGUUU